AUAAAGCCCAAGGACACAAGGUACCAAGGUUCUGCUUCAUUGUUACUUUGGAGCCUAAUGUACUUUAUAUCAGUUUGAUUGGACGGCUUCUCACAAAUCUCCAAAACAGAACAAGAUUUAACCGAAACAAUUGUAUUUACACUUGCUUUUAGUCUAGGGAAGCUACUAUUCCAUCUCAACAGAACUUGAAGACUUUCAGCAAAAUGUAUUGUGGAGAUUAUAGACAAGAGAGCAGAGAAGCAACUGUAAACAAAUGGGGAGCAUAUAAGUCCCAGGAAAGACAGAAAAUCUGACUCCAGGCUUUCUCUGAAAAGUAUUGGGAUGGAUUCCCAGAUUAGACACAAGGAACAAUUCUUCCUGCUCCAAAUUUUAACCCUAUAAUGGAUGCCCAGUUGCUAGGAGGAGCUCUACAGGGAAUUAGUUGUGAAAAGGAUGUGUUGAUUGAAAUCCUAACUCAGCGUUGCAACUCCCAGCGGCUCAUGAUUGCUGAGGCAUACAGAGACAUGUAUGGCAGGGAUCUGAUAACAGACCUAAAAGAGAAUCUCUCUCAUCACUUUAAAGAAGUUAUGGUUGGCUUGAUGUACCCACCUGCAUCUUAUGAUGCCCAUGAGCUUUGGCAUGCCUUGAAGGGAAUAGACACAGAAGAAAAAUGCCUAAUUGACAUAUUAGCCUCAAGAUCAAAUAUGGAGAUCUUCCAGAUGAAAGAAGCCUACCUAAUGCAAUAUAAUACUGAUCUUCAACAAGAUAUCGAUUCUGCGACUUCAGGUCACUUCAGAGAUACACUCAUGAACCUUGCUCAGGGAACAAGGAUGGAAGGAUAUGCAGACCCUUCUACAGCUGCUCAGGAUGCAAUGAUUCUAUGGGAAGCAUGUCAGCAGAAGACAGGCGAACACAAAAACAUGCUGCAAAUGAUUCUCUGCAACAGGAGUCAGCAGCAGUUGUGGAUGGUUUUCCAGGAGUUCCAAAAUAUCUCUGGGCAAGACAUAGUAGAUGCCAUUAAUGAAUGUUAUGAUGGAUACUUUCAAGAAUUACUGGUUGCAAUAGUUCUCUGCAUUCGUGACAAGCCUUCCUACUUUGCUUACAGGCUUUAUAAAGCAAUUCAUGACUUUGGUUUUCACAAUAAAACAGUUAUUAGGAUUCUCAUUGCCAGGAGUGAGAUAGACCUGAUGAACAUACGGCAGCGAUACAAAGAGAGAUAUGGGAAAUCACUCUUCCAUGACAUUAAAGUAAGUUUUCACAAACUUCUGCAUUUAUUCAGCACUGGUACCACACAGACUGUACCACUCUGUUUAACCAUUUGGUUUAAAACAAAGCAAACAAAAAAGCAAGGUGUAAAAACAAUAGCACAUUUUCAGUGCCUCAGUUUGAUUUGAAUGAGAAAUUAAUUCUCAACUCACUCUCUGUGAUUUUAUACCUCCCCAAUGCAAGAUGUGUUUAUAAACAGGGCAUGACAGUGUGUGCUGAACAAGAGUUCGUAUGGAUGGUUUCUCCACUAAUGGAGAACAUCUUAUGUUGAUCUGUAAGGCUAGGCUGGUACCACUUUUGUGCAAAACUGGAGUAAAUACAUGGUUUUAUCCUUGUGCUUAGGUAGUACCUUCACAAACCCUGCUCCUCUUGUACUCCUGGUCUGCAUCUUCAAACAAAACUUUGAAUCUGUUUAAUUGUACAGAAAAAUGUCUCUUGCUAAGACACUACCUUUUUUAUGUCACUAUAAUCAAACUGCAAGAUGUGCAGCAACUUUAGGAUAUUGGACAUGAAUUUUUGGUAUUGAACUUGAGAACUAUUAAACAGAUUCGAUCCAGCCUUUCAAAGAUAGUUUCUAGGUGCCCAAGCAACCAAAGGCCAUAACAAGUGAAAUUAACAUAAAAACCUCAGCCUAGAAUCCUUAUGAAAACAAUGCAAUGUUUUACAAAACCUUACAGUAGUCUAGUCCUUGUCACACACCAAAAAAAAGAAAAAUUCAGA